CCCACCUCUCUCCUCCCCGGCCGGCUCCUCGUCCGCCCGCUUGCCGCGCUGCCCUCUCCCCGCCGCCGCAGGAGCCACUCACGCGAGGCCGAGGAUCGCGCGGGGGGACUAGGCCGCGCCUCUCUUCCGGGCCUCUCGGGUGGGUCGGACGGAGGGAUAGAUCUUCAGCUGGUUCUUCCUUUACCAACAUUGGGGUGAUGCCUCCCUCGUGACACUUCUUGAGAAAAUCUUAUUUUGGCUGUUAUCCAUGUUCUGAAUCCUCCCUUGAAGUGUCUUCCAGAAGGAUGCACAUCGUCUUCUACUGGAACUCCUGCCUGCUAGUGUCUGUCUGGCUUUGAUGCAAAAUACGUUUUGGAAUUGCUGUGCCGGCGAGCUUCUUCCCUCCAUCUUUGUGAACCACAGCUGGGAAUUCAGAUCUCCUUAAUAAUUUCCAUCUCCGCUGAGAAGCUGAAGCCCUUGUUGCGGAAACCCCGUUUUCUUUUCCACAGCAUGUCGGAAAGCUGGCAGCAGCAGCCGCCCCCUCCGCAGCAGCCGCCGCACCAUGCUGGGACAGCUGCUCUCCCGGAGCCUCCCAUCCCAUCGAGUGCUGUGGGCGAGAAUCCCUUGGGCUGUGCUGUCUAUGGCAUCUUGCUUCAGCCAGAACCCAGUGGCCUUCAGCAUCACCCACCCAUCCCUACUGGUGGUGGGGAGCCCUCUGCCAAAUGUGGGGUGUGCGGCCAUGACUUGGCCCACCUCUCUAACCCCCAGGAACACCAGUGUCUGCAAGGGGGCCAUGACCGGUCCUUCCAGUGUACCCAGUGUCUGAAGAUCUUCCAACAGGCCACGGACCUCCUGGAGCACCAGUGCCUGCAAGUGGAACAGAAGCCGUUUGUCUGUGGGGUCUGCAAGAUGGGCUUUUCUCUCCUCACCUCACUGGCCCAGCACCACAACGUUCACAAUGGCAGCGCCGCAGUGAAGUGCUCCAUCUGUGAAAAGACCUACAAGGCAGCAGCAGCGGUGGCAGCUGCAGCGCCCGAGGAGCCUGCCCCUCCCCAGCAGCCCGCAGCACUCAACCGGGCCCCCGUGGAGAAGCCCUACAGCUGCUCCAUCUGCCAGAAGCCCUUCAAGCACCUCUCGGAGCUGUCACGCCAUGAGCGGGUGCACACAGGGGAGAAACCCUACAAGUGCAGCCUGUGCGACAAGAGCUUCAGCCAGUCCUCCCACUUGGUGCACCACAAGCGCACGCACAGUGCUGAGCGGCCGUACAAGUGCACAGUGUGUGAGAAGGCAUUCAAACACCGCUCGCACUUGGUCCGCCAUAUGUACGCCCACUCAGGCGAGGCGCACCUCUUCCGCUGCAAUGUCUGCGAGCUGCACUUCAAGGAGUCAUCGGAGCUGCUGCAGCACCCCUGCACCCCCAGCGGUGAGCGGCCUUUCCGCUGCGGUGCCUGUCACAAGGGGUUCCGCCGGCCCUCAGACCUCCGGCAGCACGAGCGCACGCACAGCACCGAGCGCCCCUUCCAGUGUGACCUCUGCCAGAUGAGCUUCAAGCAGCAAUAUGCCCUGAUGCGUCACCGCCGCACACACAAGACAGUGGGCACCGCGCCCUCGGUGGAGCAAGAGCCACAGGCUCCCCCAUUCAAAUGUUCCUUGUGCGAGAAGGGCUUCGUGCAGCCGGCUCACCUGCUCUACCACCAGCACGUCCACGGCAUUGAGAACCUGUUCAAGUGCAAUGCUUGCCAGAAGGGCUUUAGCCAGUCGUCAGAGCUGCUACGCCAUCGCUGCGUCCAGAGCGCUGAGCGGCCGUUCAAGUGCGCUGUGUGCAGCAAGGCCUAUAAGCGGGCUUCUGCCCUCCAGAAACACCAGUUGGCCUCACACUGUGCGGAAAAACCCCUCCGGUGCACCUUGUGCGAGCGGCGCUUCUUCUCCUCGUCAGAAUUUGUGCAGCACCGUUGCGACCCUGCCCGUGAGCGGCCCCUCAAGUGCCCAGACUGCCAGAAACGCUUUAAAUAUGCCUCUGACCUGCAGCGCCACCGGCGGGUUCAUACUGGGGAAAAGCCCUACAAGUGCCCCGCUUGCGAGAAGGCCUUCAAGCAGCGGGAGCACCUGAACAAGCACCACGGGGUCCACACCCGGGAGCAGCACUACAAGUGCAUGUGGUGCGGGGAGCGCUUUCUGGACCUGGGCCUGCUGCAGGAGCACAGCGCACAGCACACCGCGGCUGAAAGCACCUACCCAGCCACGCCCUGCCUGCCUUAACCAGCCGCUGCCCUCGGUGGUCGAAGGGUGUGCCAAAUUUCCACCCCUCCCUCUUUUAAUGCCGGGCUAAAGUUAGGACCCUCUGCAGAUUUUGCCAGAGAAGACUUCACAUCCCUAGGAAACGUGGC